UGGCACCUCGCAUUUGGCACACCAGACCCUCUCGUCUCGGCUCGUACGUUCCAGUGUAGGCGACGGCACCAGCAGCAGCAGCAGGAGCAGGUAAUGGCUAUGGCACCGGCAGCAGCAACCCGAGCUAGAGCUAUUGGUGGCUCAGGCCCUAGUCACUUCAUCUCCACGAGCAGUUUCUUGGGGCCACCUCCCAAUCCCAUUCGGCUGCCACGUCGCGCCGGCGCGAACAGGGCCGUGCUCCUCGGCGCCGGGCGGCGCGACGCGUGGGGCGCCGACGGCGGCUCUUCUCCCUCCUCCGAGGGCGGCCGGCUGGUGGACGAGGACAUGGCGACGCUGCGGCGGCGCAUCCGCGAGGCGCGGGCGGAGUCGUCGGAGGAGGACGGCAUUCUUGACGCCGACGACGCCGGCAUCCCGCUGCCGCCGACCGGGUGGACGGAGCUGGAGCGGCGGCACCACGGGAGCUACGUGGUCGGCGUGCGCGGCGCGGUCGGCCUUCUCGAGGCGCUCCUCGUGAACGCGCGCCCGGGGCUCGGCGCCGGCUUGCUGGCGGUGAUGCUGCUCGGCGUCCCGGCGUCGCUGUUCCUCGUGUGCGCGCAGCUGAUCCGGGGCCGCUGAUUCAGUCUGGUCCUGGAUGAACGGGCGCUGCUACUGCGUCGUCGUCAGUGUAUAGCCAGAUGAAGCUGUAGGUGAGCCGAGCACAAUUCGGCGCAGAGAUGGAACUUCUCUAAAUUGGUUGCACGUAUAAACUGUUUCGUAACUUGCAUGGAUGUAGUAGUUUAUAGAAAGGGUUCGUGUUCUUCUGUUA